UUAACAUUAUCCCAAUUUUUUUGAGACACAACAUUUUGGGUUUUCAUUGUCUCUAAUCGAUAAUCAUUAAAAUUGGAAUAUAUCACUUAAUUUUCUGAAAGUGCAAGAAAUAUUGCACUUUUACGCAUAAUUCAUUUCUUAUGUAUUAGUUGUACUUGCAAAAUACCAGUAUUGUUUUGCAUUGGGUUAAGAAGCAGUCAUAUAAUGGGGAGGUUGUUGGACUAAAUGUCCACUCGGUUUGCCGUAGUUUCCCCGAAUCUUGCUGCGUGGACGCAUGGACAUGCCGCUGCCGUGCAACGAUUUGUUUAAACUUCCAGAAACUCAACCCUAAAAAAAAAAAAAAAAAAAAAAAAACACACGGUGUCCCCCGUGGUGACUUCACAUCCUGUUUUCCCCACUUCCUUCUGAAAGAUCGGCGUGGACUGGGACCGUCCUGUCUCCACGCAACGUGUGCGGCGACCGCACGCUGUCAGAUCUGCGGGGCCGCAGAGUUUUUCCAAAGCGACGAUCCGGACUCACAAGCAUGCAGCAGCUGAUUUGUUGACACAGAAGAAAGGAGGCGUCGAUGUUAGGCUGACAAAAUGAAGACAAGAGAAGAUGUAAAAAUAAUCAACCAGGGUCUGGAGGAUGAGAUGGAAGUCAGCGGCUACCGGCCCUGUCUGUGGAAGCUGGCCCUGGUUGGGGUGGGUGCAGUUUGCUCGGGGGGUCUCCUCCUGCUGCUGCUCUACUGGCUGCCAGAGUGGGGCGUCAAGGGGACGUGCACACACACGUCUCUGAGCGAUGCACACACCCUGCUUCUCAGAACCAAGGAUGAGUUCAGGCAGUGGUUUCGAGUCAGAGUCCACAGAAUGUUGGCUCCAGGCAGGAAGCCCUUUGAGGAUCUGGAUGUAAAACCCAGAGGUCAGCCCCCAAACGGAGACUUCGGUCAUCAGGUCUGCUCUGUUCCCGAUGAACAGCUUCCCCAGGAGCAGCAGGUUUGGAUACAAUACUUCACGCACCACAACUUUAGAUACUACUGGAAUGAUGCCAUCCAGAACUUUGAAUUCUAUCAAGGCCUGGAGGAUGUGAAGGUGAGCUGUGCCCACAUCCACUCUGAACACAGCCGUGGGCUGACCAAAGCACUGCAGGACUACAGGAGGUUGUUUUUCGGGGAGAAUGAGAUUGCUGUGAGAGUCCCCUCUCUGUUCAAGCUUCUCAUCAAGGAGGUGCUGAAUCCUUUCUACAUCUUCCAGCUCUUCAGUGUUGUUCUGUGGAGCGCCGAAGACUACUACUAUUAUGCCACAGCCAUCGUUUUCAUGUCGGUCAUAUCCAUAGCUACCUCACUGUACACCAUUAGGAAGCAAUACGUGAUGUUGCACGACAUGGUGGCGUCUCACAGCGUGGUGCGAGUGUCGGUGUGCAGAGGAGACAAAGACACAGAACAGACCAUGUCGACGGAGCUCGUGCCGGGUGAUGUCAUCGCCAUCCCGGCCAAUGGGAUGGUGAUGCCGUGUGACGCCGUGCUUUUCCAGGGGACCUGUGUUGUGAACGAGAGCAUGCUGACAGGUGAAAGCGUUCCAGUGACCAAAACCAGUCUGCCCAGUUCGGGCGACGAGGCGGCGAGGAGAUACAACAUGGAGGAACACAAGAGACACACGCUGUUCUGUGGAACCCACGUCAUCCAGACCCGCUUCUACACUGGCGAGCUGGUGAAGGCCGUGGUGAUUCGAACAGGCUUCAGUACAGAGAAGGGCCAGCUGGUGUGCUCCAUCCUCCACCCUAAGCCCACAGACUUCAGGCUGUACCGGGACGCCUACCUCUUCCUGCUGUGUCUGGUCGGUGUGGCGGGCAUUGGCUUCGUCUACACCAUCGUCCUCAGCAUCAUGAACAAGGUUUCAGCUAAAACUAUCAUCAUCGAGUCUCUGGACAUCAUCACCAUCACCGUUCCGCCGGCCUUACCGGCAGCCAUGACAGCAGGCAUCGUGUACGCACAGCGGCGUCUAAAGCGCGUCGGCAUCUUUUGCAUCAGUCCUCAGAGGAUCAACAUGUGUGGCCAGCUUAAUCUGGUCUGCUUUGACAAGACUGGCACUCUCACUGAGGAUGGAUUGGACCUGUGGGGCAUCCAUAGAGCAGAACACAGCAGCUUUGUUGCUCCGGAGCCGGGCCCAGCCGAAGAGCGCCUGGUGAAGAGCGCCUUCGUGGCCUGCAUGGCAACGUGUCACUCUCUCACUAAAAUAGAGGGAGAGCUCUCCGGAGACCCUUUAGAUCUGAAGAUGUUUGCCGCCACAUGCUGGGUGUUAGAGGAGCCGACAGAAGAAGAAACUGCGCUUCACAAUCCGCUGAUGCCCACAGUGGUUCGACCUCCAAGGCGAGCCGUCACUGGAGACGGUCAGAGCCAGUCGCAGAUCCAGAACACGUCCUGUGAGAUGGGCAUAGUGCGACAGUUCCCCUUCUCCUCAGCGCUGCAGAGGAUGAGCGUGGUGGUCAGGAGGCUGGGGGACAAACACAUGGAAGUCUUCCUGAAGGGGGCACCCGAGGUCGUGGCUGGCCUUUGCAAACCAAACUCAGUCCCACAGAAUUUCACUGAGACUCUGGAGAGCUACACCAGGCAGGGCUUCAGGGUGAUUGCACUGGCACACCGACAGCUGGAGUCCAAACUGUCCUGGCACAAAGUCCAGACGCUCAGCAGGGAUCUGAUAGAGACCAACAUGGAGUUCCUCGGGUUGAUCGUCAUGCAGAACAAAAUCAAACAGGAGACGGCCGGCGUUCUGACUGAGCUCCGGAGGGCUAACAUCCGCACUCUGAUGGUCACAGGGGACAACAUGUUGACAGCUAUCUCUGUGGCUCGAGACUGCGGCAUGGUCCGUCCACACGAGAACGUCAUCGUCGUUGACGCUGCACCCCCCGGAGACUCCUGUCCCCCCUGCAUCACGUGGCGUUAUGUGGAGAACCCCGCUCAGACCGCCAGGGACGAUCAGACUGCACAGAUCCUCGUGGAGGAGGAGAUGUAUCACUUUGCUCUGAACGGUAGAGCCUUUGCUGUUAUCACAGAACACUUUCCUCAGCUAAUACAGAAGCUCGCGCUAAGAGCCACCGUGUUCGCUCGCAUGGCGCCAGACCAGAAGACCCAGCUGGUGGAGAUCCUGCAGGGCAUUGACUACAUUGUUGGAAUGUGUGGCGACGGCGCCAAUGAUUGUGGGGCCCUGAAAAGAGCACACAGUGGGAUUUCUCUGUCUGAGCUGGAGGCGUCAGUUGCUUCCCCGUUCACUUCCUCCACCUCCAACAUCUCCUGUGUCCCCAACCUCAUCAGGGAGGGACGAGCCGCCCUCAUCACGUCGUUCUGCGUCUUUAAGUUCAUGGCUCUCUACAGCAUCAUCCAGUACAUCAGUGUCAUUUUACUUUACUGGAUCCUCAGCAACUUGGGAGACUUUCAGUUUCUCUUCAUUGACCUCGUCAUCAUUCUCAUCAUCGCCUUCACAAUGAGUCUGAACCCAGCGUGGAAGGACCUAGUGAGGCAGCGUCCUCCGUCCAGUCUGAUCUCGGGCCCACUGCUCUGCUCGGUCCUGACCCAGAUCCUCACCUGCCUGGCCUUUCAGGUCUUGGCUUUCUACUUGGUGCAACAGCAGAGCUGGUACGAGACAUGGACGCCUCAGUCAGACGCCUGUAACGUCUCCCGACCCAGCAGCUUCUCCGACCGCCGCAACGGAACAACCUCUCACGACCACAAAAACAUCCGCAACUACGAGAACACGUCCCUCUUCUACGUGUCGUCCUUCCAGUACUUAGCCGUGGCUAUAGUUUUCUCCAAGGGGAAGCCCUUCAGGCAGCCGAGUUACAAGAACUGGCCAUUCAUGCUGUCCUGUGUUGGUCUCUACUCUUUUCUCCUCUUCAUCAUGCUGUACCCCAUCUCUGCUAUUGAUAACUUUCUAGAGAUCGUGUGUGUUCCACAUGACUGGCGUGUUACUCUGGUCAUCAUUAUUGCAGCGAAUGCCAUCCUGUCUUUCAUGUUGGAGAUUUUGAUCGUUGACAUCAUCUUGUGGAGGCUUGUUUUCAGAGGAAGUCAGGGGGCCAAUGGCCCCAGAGAGUCCUCCUCUGGCGACACACCACAGGUUGCUAAUGACAGCUGGGGCGCGUUGUUCCUGUCCCGGUUGUUCUGUCAGAGGAACAAGCCACCGAAGGUUCUGUACAGGCACCUGGCCCUGGAGCUGCAAGAGGACGCUGACUGGCCCCCCAAACCCUCAACUGUCACGUACGCCGCUGAAGCACAGCCCCACAUCUCUGCGACUCUCUGAUCCCUGCAGGGGGCGGAGCCUGACAUGUCCUACUGAUACAGACUAACACACACACGCACACACACGCACGCACGCACACACACACACACACAUGGUCUCCUACUUGAUGUCCUUCAUUGUUACCCGCCAUAGCAAAGUGAACUAAACUCUGAAUCCUGGGUUGAACCAGAGGUCUUUCCAUUUUUGGAGCCUUGUAUGCUAAUGCUAUUGCUAUGGAGCAACUGUCAUGAAUCAUACUUGAACGUUCUAGUGCGUGCAGAAAUGACGAGCAUACCGUUUGCCCUCAUACAGAUUUCAUCUCUUUUGUUGUCACAGUUACAUGUUUCAGAUCACCAAACAGACAAAGAUAACCUGAGAAAAUACAAAAUGUUCAACAGACUUAUGUAAAAGGUAAAUUACUCCUGGGCCUACAAACUGCCUGGUCUGGGUUGCGCAAAACUUUGUCGAUAUUCCCUUAAUUAAAAAAACAAACUCAAUUUUGCAAUUGCGGUGUUUCCAUUAAAUAAAAAAAGAAAUUAAAAUCACACGUGAAUAUGUUUGUUCAGCCUAUAAGUCAUUAAAAAUCUUUUCCUCGCCAUCAUCCUCUGACCUUAUCCUGUUGACUUCUUCUUCAUGGUUUGCGCUGAUGGGAACAUCUGAUUGUUGAUCAUGUGACUUCUAUGAUGCAAAAAAAAGGUGU